AUGAGUUCUAUAUCCGAAUUUGAUCUCGACAAUAUCCAGGGAGAUAUCUGGCCUGGUCUGUCGAAGAAAUAUCAGCAGUUCUACUUCUUCAAUAUCGACGAUGCCGAACUUUUCAAACCCAUACUGCCGACUCUGGCUGAUGAAGUUAUUACUUCUGCUAAAGGGGCUUUGAAAAAUCGUGCUGCCAUCCACAAGGCUAAAGCGCCAGCAUCCCGCGGAUUGGACCUAGCCGGAGGUCUCAUAAAUCUGACGACUGACGUGGUUACUGCCGUCCACGAUCUUCUUCCGGCACAUGGUCAUAUCCCGAAGGCUAAAGGGUCGGAUUUAGUUAGCAUAACGGGUGUUAACAUUUCCUUCACCAUCAAAGGCAUGACCAAGUUGAGUAACGGCAUGUUCAAAGAUGACCCAUUCCUCAAGGGUAUGUUCGCGGACAUGGUGGGUGAAGGACGUGAUGAAGCCGACGACUGGGUUCCUCAGUUCAAAGAUGGCUCCGUUGAUGGAGUAGUGCUGGUGUGUGGUACCAUAGAAGAGGUGAAGGCCAAAACAGAGGAGCUAGAGCGGAAGUAUUUCAACAAGAGCAACGGCGUUGUUCAUCUCUUGACAUUGGAUGGCAACGAAAGACCCAAUGAACAUAAGGGACACGAGCACUUCGGGUUUUUGGAUGGAAUUUCACAGCCACUCAUUAAGGGCCUUGAUGACAAAACCGCGGAUCUGCCCGGGUCUCGUAAACAUCUCACUCGUCCGGGAAUCAUUUUAUUCGGACACGAUGGUGAGAUGGACAAUGAAGAAGCAUUAAUGCAUCCUCAUUGGGCCAAGGAUGGCAGUAUUCUGGUGGUCCGCAAGAUCAAACAAUUCGUGCCUGAGUGGGAUCGUUUCGUGGUUGAUGAGGCGAAAAAAUUGGGCUUCACCCCAGGGCAGUUCGGGGCUCGACUUGUGGGACGCUGGCAGAGCGGAGCACCCGUCCAGACGAAUCCUGACAGCGACAACCCAGCUGAGGCGAGACAGAACGAUUUUGACUAUCCCGUGGAUGACCAUACCAACUGCCCAUUUGCAUCUCAUAUGCGGAAGACCAAGCCCCGAGCUUUGGUCAGCAACUCGGAUAAGUUCGACAUCAUGCGUCGUGGUAUUCCUUAUGGACCAGAGCUUAGUGAUGACGAGAAGAAGAAGCAGAAGACUGAACAAGACCGUGGUCUUAUGUUCCUGUGUUAUCAAACCAGUCUUUCCAAUGGCUUCCAGUUCAUCAGAAACCGUUGGAUCAAUGCCGACAAUUUCCCUUCCGGCAAGAGGAAGUUCACUGGCGGUAUGGCUCCGGGACAGGAUCCAGUUAUUGGCCAGUCGGUCAAGGGUGCCUCCCAGGAAGAAGACAAAGUCCUGCAGAUGGCCAUCGUCGAUGGUCAGAACAACCACAACCAGAUCACUUUCAUGCCGUUCAUCGAGUCCAAUGGCGGUGACUACUUCUUUACCCCAUCUCUGAAACUUAUGCGUGAGCUUGCCGAGGCUCCAGCUAAUUAG